AUGUCCGACAAGGACAAUUUGGACUAUUUUUCUUCUCAGCAUUAUAUCCAUUCCACUACUACUACUGCAGUCAAUACCCCCAGCGAGAUUCCUACGUACAACAAACUUGAAGAUACCUCCGCUGACCCCCCUGUUAUUCCUGACCUUACUCUUGCUACCACUUCCGGCUCCGUAGAGUUCGAACGCUUGACUAUUAGAUUGGUCUGUUCUUGUUUUGUUUAUUUUCUUUGUGGUUGGGGAGAUGGAGGAACGGUCCUUCCUUAUUUUGAAUUAGACUUUCACCUUACUACCAUGACCUCUUCGCUUUGCUAUGCCACCCAGACCGUCGGUUUUGCCCUUGGAACUAUCUUAGUUGAACGCGUGAUGAAACUUUUUGGUCAAUUCUGGCUCUUGGAUGAAGAACGAUCUUAUCUCCCAGCUAUCCCGGCUCUUCGGCGUCUUAUCCCCAAUCGCUUCCUGUCUCCCCGCAAGUCGUCUGGGGUGGGAUAUUCGGAGGCGAAGUCCCGUUUAAUCACCCUGCUUGUGUCGAGCAUGAUUCACCCGUGCUUCUUCAUUAUCCUGGGGCUUUCGCGCCGUUUCUCGGACCUGCUCAUUGCUUAUGCUUUGGUGGGCUUUGCGAGGUCUUUGAUGACGGGUAAGAAUGCGUAUGUCGCAUCUACUCCCAGUAAGGGGCUCGGUAUCAUCCUUGGCUUCUGGAGCUCAGGCUCGUUCCUCGCUCCGCUUGUCUGUCAGACCAUCAUGGCGACCGGAGUUCCUUGGAGGCACUUCUAUCUCGGCUCUCUUGUUUUGUCCGGGAUCAACAUCGCCUUCCUCAUCUGGGCAUUCCGCCCGACGGUGAAUGAAUUCGAGGCUGACAAAAAGGCAGCUAUUGACACCAUCAAGUCCGCCUUGGCAUCCGAAACCACCGUCGCCGGGACGGCGUCCGAAGGCAAGGAAGAUGCGUCCAAGUCCGAGUCCUUCCACGCUCCUCAACCGGCGAACACUCUUGCCCUGGCCUGCCGCAUGCCUUAUCAGUGGGCUUUCUCUGUUUUCUCUGGCCUUUACAACGGAAGUGAGACCACCAUGUCGGCUUUCAUUGUGACCUUCCUUCUUGGUGCCCGCGCCGCAAACCCAAGUACUGUUGGUUAUGCAGGCAGCGGCUUCUGGGGAGGUAUGGCCGUCAGCCGCUUCCUCUGGGGUUAUUUUACUCCCAAACUCACUUAUACACAACGCAAGCAUAUCAUUCACGGAUGCACAUCCGUCGCAUUUUUAAUGUCCCUCUUAAUCCUUCUGAUUCACUCCGAUACCGAGAACUCCUUCGGCGCCGCUAUCGUAGGCCUUGUCUAUGGUCCUAUUUAUCCAGCCAGUCUCGGCCUCUCCACCGAGGUUCUGCCUCGUGAGGUUCACAUGGUUGCCAUGGCCAUUAACUCCGCGAUGGCGAGUUUUGCGAGUGCGCUUAUGCCAUUCAUUGCCGGUGUUAUUCUCACCGACUUCGGCGUCAAAAAUCUUAUAUAUAUGACCAUGGCUCAAGGCGCAGCCAUGACGGUUCUCUGGGCUCUCUUCCCGUCUUCCCCUCCAUCACGUGUAUCAUCUUCCAGCAACGCUUAG